GAGAUAACCGUGUUUGUCGCUUAAUGCUCGUCUCUCACUUUCACCUUAACGCGAGAGACGGCGACAUUGGAGUACCUUGCUUGUAUCGUGUAAUUGUUAUCAGAAUACAAACAUUACCGGCAUCGUUCGGUGUCCAGAUGGAAGGAAUCGGUCAGAGAUUAUAGAUUAUUCACACAACGACUACAUUGAAAUGGAAAGUAAAAAUUACUGAAAAUUUUGGAGAAAAAGAGGAAUUUUCCCCAUGGUACCCAAACUGGGAGCCAUGCUUAAGAUCCAUGAUAUAAUAGCCUGUUAUCAAAAAAGGAUUGGCUCCUAUGAUAAGCAGCUGUGGGAACAAUCAGUAGAAAAAAAACUUUAUAAGUCAAUAAAUAAUGUUCCUCGUAGAAUUGGUCGGAUGAAGACAGAAUUCAUAGAUGUUGACUUGGUGCGAGGCUCUACAUUCACUAAAGCUAAGCCCCAAGUUCCUUGGACAAGGAUUACUCAACGUGCUGUGUUACGAGUAAUGUUUUUCCCACUCUAUUACAAAUGGUGGAUACAGCAAACAUCCAGAUCCUUUUGGCUUGCAAUGCUUGUUUUGUACACAUUCCAACUUGUAGCAAUAGUACUUUACAUCAGUAAUGUUGGCGAGUACCUGAAAACUGAGAGUGUAACCAUUAGUGAGGUAUCAUUUCCUGCCUUGUUAAUGUUAAUUCUGGGUUUAAUGCACUCUCAAACAGUCUUAGCUCACUUUUCUCAUAAACCUACCAGCAGAGAUGGCUUGCUUUUACAAAGAGAGAGCAGUAAAAGCUGUCGGAAGAGAUCCAGUAAGAUUGUUCCAGAAAGGAAACCCAGCUUUGAAACCACCCACAAAUUAUCCUAUAGCAAAAAAUGUGAUGGUAGAAAACGGAGGGAAUAUAAUUUGAAUUCAAGGAAAAACUCCAACAGCCGGUGGAAUAGUCAUAGUCAACCAGAUGCUGAUAGUAAUUCUGCUUCUGAUGAAGAUAAAGAGUGCAUGAACCUUAGAUUAAGCCAGUGCAGCAGCAGUAGUAGCAGCUGUAAAAGUGAACCUGUCACACAUUCUGAUUGUCUGCUUCCUAAUAUCUUAACGAAUGACCCUUAUGCUAACAAAAAUUCCAACAACAAAGUCCUCUCACAGAGGAAUGUUGAGGCAGUCAACCGGACUUAUGUGGUACUUGGUAACUGUAUCUACAGUCGCAAACUGGAAGAUGUCAACAUACAACAGACCAAGGUUGAAAGCCUAUCUGCAAUUGAUACUGAUGGCACCUGUAAAAACAAUUCUAGAAUGAACAAUACUCCCAAAGUAGUGUUUCAACUGAACAAGAACAGACAAUUGCAUCGUAGCCGGAGUUUGGAUGACUUGCACUCUUCCUCUGAUAUCAUGGAUCUCAUGAAAUCUGAACCAAGUCAUAAUAAAAAAAGCAACCAACCUGAUGACCAUGAGCUGACGUCACGUAAAUGUUCUCUCAAGGAUAAAAUGCAGUGGUCUCUGUAUCAUUCUGAAGAAGACUAUACUCUUUCAUCUAAAAUUGCAGGAGAUAAUAUUCAAGAAUGGAAAGGUUGUUUAGAAAAUGGUGGACUUAGACAGCGCCAUGGCAAAAGUAAGCGCAAAAGUCACACAAGGAAUGUGAGUCCUCUUUCCUAUGCCACACCCCUACUUAAGUCUAGCCUGCCCCCAAGUUCAUCUGAUGGAGAAACUGUUGAAACACUAGGAUAUAGAAAGCCUAUGCUCAGCUCUGAGGAGUGGGAUGAUCGAAUGCACUCUGACAUUGUGACAUCCAGCUUUGAGACCAGUAGCUGUACAUCAGAAGCUGAACUUUCCAAAUCACAUGGCCAGUCCGAUGAAUUCCAGAUUCCUGACUGGAAUGUCAAUAACCUGAAUGUCAUAAAUCUUCUACAAUCACCUGGUAACUUAGCUGCUGGCCAUGGAAGUCAUAUACCACCUCCUGAUAAAGAUGAACUGGAGGAAGACAUCUUGCUUAAUGCCUUUCCUAUCACCGGCUACUUUACAAAGUGUACUGGCCACCAUGUGCAAAGUGUACUGGGAGUGAUGUCAGAAGAACAGCCAGAAUACUUUGAAAAAGGGAACAAAGUGAGUUGUGUAAUAUGGGAAGGUGAUGAGUGUCAAAAGGUUGAUCUCACUGCAUUACAUAUCAGCUGGGUCAUCAUUGAAAAAGUUGAAAAAAUCCCAGAUGCCUCAGACUCUAUUUUCAUUGGUCUCUUCUUCUCACUGAUUAUGGGUCUUGUACCACCGAUGUUCCGUACUUAUAACAGCAAAGAAUUCUUCAACAUUCUAUCAUCAGAUGGCUUUGUUUCUGCUGUUCUCUCUAUGGUCGGUAAUGGUUGGAAGAUUAAUCUAAUCUUAAUUAAUGCUGUAAUCCAAAGGCUUUGUCUUAGUGCUCUCUUUUUCUUCUUGCUCUCCGUUGCUGAUCGCACAUUCAAACAGGUAAUGCAGCAUAAAAUUUCUAUUUUUGUUAGCUUCUUUUACCUUUGGGUACACUUCCGCCUUAAUAAAGUUUGUAACAUCAAAACAUGGUUGUCACUACGAUCAUACCUUAAGAAAAGAGGUCCUCAACGUUCAGUUGAUGUGAUAGUGUCAGCUUCAUUUUUACUAGCCAUCAUAUCUGUCACGUUAAUGUGCUUACAGUUAUUAAAAGACACAGAAACUUUCAUGGACUAUCUGUAUAAUUGGGAAUUACUAGCUUGGUCUCUAGCUCUUGGUGUUUACAUUCUUCGGUUUAUGACUCUCGGAUUAAAAAUUAACCAGAAAUAUCGCAAUCUUUCUGUAUUGAUCACUGAGCAGAUAAAUCUCUAUUUACAAAUGGAACAAAAACCACACAAAAAAGAAAAGUUAAUGCUGGCUAACAGUGUUUUAAAGCUUGCUGAGGAUCUCUUAAAGGAACUGGAAAGUCCUUUCAAGAUUUCCGGGCUGUCUGCUAAUCCCUUUUUGUACAAUUUAACCAAAGUGGUUGUUCUUUCUGCUUUCUCUGGUGUUCUCUCUGAAUUGCUUGGUUUUAAACUAAAACUUUACAAAAUUAAAUUCAAAACUUGAUGGCAACAUGUUAUUGAGUAGGAUGCAAUUUAUCAAGUAAACUCUCUACACCAAGGCUCAAAAGGUCAACUGAAUAAAUUCUGUACACCAAAGCCUGAAGAGGACUUCAUAUUAUCAACCGAAAUUCUGUGUACCAAGCUCCAAAAAUGGACUUCAGUUUAUUCAUUGAAUUAAUUCUUUGCACUUAGCCCUCAAACAGGCUUCAAUGUACCAAGUGGAUUAAUUCUGUGCACCAAUUCCCACAAGCCUGUCUAGCACUUACAAAAUAGAAGAUCUAACAAACACUUUAUUUAUUGAAAUAUUCCUUCUAUUUAUUUAUUUAUUUAUUUGAUGUUAAAUGACAUUGUUUGCAAAUGUACAGUGGCAACUCCUGAAGUGCCAGGCAAAUGGAACCAAAGAUGUUUUAAACUGCUAAACACAUCUAGAAGUGACACAUUUAGUGUCAGAUUCUGUAAAAUAGGACUAUUUUUCUAGUGUU